AAAUAUCAAUGAAUAUUGGCUAUAUCUUAUAUAAAUAGUAAAUAUCAUGAUCAGACUUAGUUAAUCAUGGAAAAUACUAAAUAAAAUUAAUGUCAUAAACGGGUGGCAAAGUGGUGCCUGAAAAAACGUUGACCUCCUUUACUUAAUUUUUCAAAUGACUGAUGAAAUAACUUAUUUCAUGUUGAAAUGUUUGAAUAGUAGCCACGAAUAGUAUAGUAUUAACUAUUAUCUAUAGCUGUGAUAGUAGUUAAUAAGACAGUGUUUACUUCUGUUUUCCAACGACUUUCUAACUAGCUAUACAGUUUUGAAGUAGGUAAUUAGAACGUAUUAUAAUAUAUUAUAAUCAUAAGAAUAAAUAAUUAUUAAUGAACUAGUUGAACUAUAUUCAAUUAACUGAAACAAAGAUAGUACAUCAUUAAUAGGAAUCUAAUUAAGUACAUUAACAUGGCUGAAAAAGGAAAAAUUGGAAUCAUUGGAAGUGGUCUAAUAGGUCAGAGUUGGGCUAUGUUAUUUGCAAGCGCACGUUACAAUGUAAUCAUCUAUGACAUUAAUUUAGAGUUAGUGAAUACUGCAUAUGAAAAAAUUAAAUCAGAAUUAAAAACAAUGGAAAAGAAUGGAAUUUUAAGAGGCAAUCUUACUGCUGAACAACAAAUUGAACUUAUUAAAGGUGUAACUAAAUUGGAAGAAGUUGUAGAAGAUACAAUUCUUAUUCAAGAAUGUAUACCAGAAGUGUUAUCUUUAAAGCAACAGUUGUAUGACCAAAUUGAUAAACUUAUUGGUUCUCAAACAAUUAUUUCAAGUUCUACUUCUACAUUCUUGCCAUCGGUUCUUUCUGAAAAAAUGAAACAUCGCAACCAAUUAAUUGUUUCACACCCAGUUAAUCCACCAUAUUUUGUGCCAUUAGUAGAAAUUGUACCAUCUGAAUGGACUGAAGAAUGGGUAAUUAAGAAAACAAGAACAAUUAUGGAAGAUAUCAAACAAUCUCCUGUAACUCUUGCUAAAGAAGUACCAGGAUUUGCAUUAAACCGCAUUCAGUAUGCUAUAUUGAAUGAAUGUUGGCAUCUUGUAAAUGAUGGAGUACUUAAUGUGAAAGAUGUUGAUACAGUCAUGUCUGAAGGUCUAGGUAUGCGUUAUGCAUUUCUUGGUCCAUUAGAAACUGCUCAUUUAAAUGCCGAAGGAUUUGUGAACUAUACAGAGCGUUAUUCGAACUCUAUGUAUGGUGUAUGCCAACAAUUCAAGCCAUCACCUAAGUUUGAAGGACCAUUGGUAAAAGUGAUUGGAGAUCAAUUAAAUAGCAAUACUCCGUUGGAAGACCUCCCAAAACGUAGAUUAUGGAGAGAUCAAUCUUUGAUAAAAUUGUCACAACUUAAAAAAUAUAAUAAUUAUUAAAAUAUAUAAUAUCAUUGGCCGGA